UUUCUGCACAAACUAUUUGCAGCGGAUCCUCGUUCUACGCACGAUUGUUCUACAUUCUACCACUUCUAUGGUGGUGGUUAGUUAUCGUAGUCAGUACCGCAUUAUCCCUAGCAGUCGUUGUGUUCGGCAACUUUCGAUUAACGACUGUUUCGCUGGCCCGUCCGCAUUGUCUUUCGUGCGCGCGCUAGCCGCGCUCUUAUUUUCGUUUCGCAUCUGGCGCGAUUCUUGACUUUCUCAAGCGGAACAGAGCGAAAGAUCACAUGGAAAGCAAACCAGGAUACAAGGGACGCUGUGCGGCCAGUUGGUGUGAGAGCAGGGGCACGAAAAGCAGUGCCAAGUUCUUCCGUUUCCCGCCGGAUGACAGCAGGUGCAACAAGUGGCGAGAAUUUGCACUCAGAGGAGACCUGGAUCAUCUGACAUCAAAGCAAAUGCACUUGGGGUAUCGUCUCUGCUCUGAGCACUUUGUCGAAAGUGAUUUUAGUGACCCAGACAGAACAAAGUUACUUUCGUCUGCAGUGCCAUCCCUUAUUUAUCCUAGGACUCUGCAGAGGGAUCCACAAGGGAAUUCUGAAGGGACCUCCACUCAAGAAUUGCUACCGGGACUUCAACAGAAGCAUAGGCGCCAACGUCGUGCUUGUUCGGCGUUGUGGUGCUCCACUAACAGUAAAAACAGUAAUUGCUCGUUCCACCGCUUCCCAAAGGAUGACAGGUGCAAGGCAUGGGUUGAAUUUAUUGAACGGGAGGACUUGAAGGAUGUACCAUUGGAAAAGUUGAACAAACACUUGCGUCUUUGCCCUUUACAUUUUAAAGAUGAAGAUUUCAUGAACCCUGCCAAGACGAGACUUAAUUGGAACGCAGUGCCAUCUGUAAGGGCAGAGCCAGCAACCCCAGCCGAAAGACGGCACGUCAACCGAACUGCAGCUUCUGGAUGUCCAACUGAGAGGCCGAAAAGCGUAUGGCCAAUGCUGCGUACUUUUAAAAGACGUGGUAUCACGUGGCACAUUCGUCCAGCACCUGAAAUAGACUAUGAAACCACCAUUCCUGAACCACUGGAGCUUUCACUGAGCGCCGAGGACGUCUUUCUCCUGGGAGAAACUUGCGGUUCAGAAGCGAAUGAAGAAGUGACAGGUGACGGGGACGACUGCUCAGACAGUGACAGUAACAGCGUAUGCGUGGCUGAGGGCAUGGACUAUUCCUCAGAUGAACAAGACACCGUUCCUACCACGAAGUCCAUUGGACUCCAAACGGAUGAACGCGACCCUGAAACAACCACAACCUUUUCGUCAUUUUUGUGUCACAUGACUCGGGAUGGAGUAGCUACUGAAGUGGCUCACAAAGCAGUGGACUCGGUGCUGCCAGCAACUCCGAGCAGUCCAAAAAGAAAAUCUAGGUCGCGGUACAUAACUUACAUUGUUUACUGAGAUCAAACUGUAAGCCACAGGUGUCACUGUGCAUGUACAAAUGUAAAUUGUAUCAAUAAUUUACAACUGAAGUUUCGGAUAUAAGCUGCUUUUUAAGACUGACGGUAUUGGUGUCGCAAUUAAGCUACACCACUUGUAUAGUUUGCAAAAUAAAAGUUUACUAAAA